AACUGUGUCUGAGUUUGAAUAACUUGAGUUUCCUGUCAAAUUAAAUAUCAAUUGGCUUGCAUAUAUCCAUGGCCAAUGCCAACUGCCUUAUUAAUUUAUAUAUAGCUUCCUUAUAUAGUGUGCGUGCUAGUAUUAUUAAGAGAUGUCAUCACAACAUACCAAAUGGGGGGAAAUGCUGUUAUUCAGAGUUUUUUGCCCAUUUGGGCAUGGUUUGGUGGAGUUGGAACAUGCAGGUCCAUGGAGUCAUGCUUUUGGAAAUAGUGAUUCCAAGAGAUGGAGCAAGUAAGGGCAGGUACUAUACUCCAUUAAACAAACUUUAAACCUAAGCUGCUUUAGUAAGUACAUCAUGUACUUGCCCACAUGACUAUGCAAGGUGGCAUCAAUCCAUUCCCUCAUGAACUAUCAAACCUAACAUGCAAGACCAUUUACUUUUUAACAAAAUUAUAUAUAUCAACACAAUUUUUACAUCAAAUAUAUAUUUGUAUUCUGAUAACGCCCCUAUAAAUGGACAUAUUCCGUACCAUUCCUGCAGCGUAGUCCAAAGCAUCUCUGCUUAUAACCCUAGAUUUCCAAUAUAUUUAGCUAGAAAGCUCGCUCUUUCACUGAUUAAGAAGAUGAUGAAGGCGGGUCCUCUUGAGCUUGGCGAGGCCACCGCUCCAAAAACUGGGGUGAACAGAGGUGUCUCCAUUUUAGACCUCAUUUUGAGACUCGUCGCCAUUGUUUGCACUUUGGCCAGUGCAAUCCUCAUGGGAACAACCAACGAAUCUCUUCCCUUCUUCACACAGUUCAUCCGGUUUAGGGCUAGGUACAAUGACCUUCCCACAUUAACGUUUUUCGUGAUUGCAAAUUCCACUGUUUGUGGCUACCUUGUUCUUUCGCUGGGCCUAUCCAUCUUCCACAUCAUGAGGAAUGCGGCCCAAGGCACCAGGAUUCUCUUAAUUUUCUUGGACACGGCAAUGCUGGGGCUAUUGACGGGCGGAGCGUCGGCAGCUGCGGCCAUAGUGUAUCUAGCUCACGAAGGGAGCAGCAAGGUGAACUGGCUGGGUUUCUGCCGACAAUUCAACUCCUUCUGCGAGCGCAUCUCCGGCUCUUUGAUUGGCUCCUUCGCCGGAAUUCUGCUGCUUAUCCUGCUCAUCUUGUUGUCCGCUGUUGCACUUUCUCGGCGUUAAACAUUCAUCAUCUAGCCACCAUGGGCCAUGAUAAUGAGUGCAUGCACAUGCGCUUGGGUUAAUUAAUUUCUCUUCAAGUUCAAGUCUUUGCGUGAGUGUGAUUGUGUGAGUGGAGCCAUAUAUAUACCUUGUGAAGGUUGUGCCUUUUGUUUUCUUUUUCUUUUUGGGUCUUCUUGAUGGGAAUUGUUGUUUUUCGU